AGUAAAAAUGAGCGAAAAUGAAAAAUUACAGAAUUAUGAAUAUAGUAAAGUUGCUACUUUAGAUGGUGUAAUUGAAAAAGAAAAUGUUCCAUUAAAAUAUGGAUAUGGAGUCAGAUACAUUCAACUAGUCAUAUACUUUCUUUGCAUAGUCGUUUGUUUCAUAGGCAGAGGUCACAUGGGUGUUACUGUAGUGGCCAUGACUAGUAAUUUUCAUAGAAACGCGAAAGUUGUAGAACAUCAUGUUAUAAAUGGAAUCGAAACAAAUGCAACUACUGAAUACAAUGCAACUAUUAAAGAGCUGAAUAAUACUGUGAUACAUGAAAGUGCUUUAGAUAACAUUACAGCUAAACGUUAUACGACGUACGAUUGGCCAAAAUCAACGCAAGAAAUGAUGUUAGGCUCAUUUUUCUUGGGCUAUUGCAUCAUGACAUUUCCCAUUGGAUUGCUUACGCAACGGUUCGGUGGAAAAUUACCUUUGCAGAUUGCAUUACUUGUAAAUGGUCUAGUGUCUGUCAUGACACCCUGGCUCACGGAUCUAGGAGGUUGGAAGGCAGUCUGCGCGUGUCGUAUCGCACAGGGCCUGUCGCAAGCUGGUUUGUAUCCCAGCAUUCAGAACCUGCUCGCAAAGUGGGUACCGAUUAAUGAGCGUGGGACUUUGACCAGCUAUGUAUAUACAGGUUCCACAAUAGGAACAGUUAUAGCGUUCCAGUUGUCUGGUCUCCUGAGUGACAGCCGGUGGGGAUGGCCCUCAGUGUUCUGGGCAGUCGGCAUGGUGUGCCUCGCCUUGUUCCUCGUACUAACUGUGUUCGGUGCCGCCACGCCUGCACAGCACAGCUCUAUCAGCCCAGAAGAAACAAAUUACAUCAUGGGACGUAUUGUUGAAGGAAAAGUCAGGAGACCAAAAACUCCAUGGAAAGCGAUCCUCCGAUCUCGGCCGAUGUGGGCUACUCUGACUACGCAUGUGGGCAGUGGGUUGAUAUUCGUGUUCUACUUCACACAAAUGCCUUCUUAUAUUCACUACAUACUUGGCAUAAAUGUUAGGAGCAGUGGUCUACUAUCUUCGUUGCCGUAUGUUGCCAGUUUUUUCACAAGCCUUGCGUUUGGAAUGAUAUCAGAUUACCUCACAAACAAUAAAAUACUUUCACUGAGAAACGCGAGGAGAAUCUUCAACACUUUCGCCCAAAUCGGAAUAUGUUUGCCGCUAGUGCUCGCAUCAUUUACGACAAACCAAUAUGUGGCCUUGUUUUGUCUGGUUUUCGCCAUGGCGGCUCAUGUGGCGAUACACGUAGGAUGGAUGGUGAACCACAUCGACCUAACCCCGAACUUCAGUGGGACUCUCAUGAUGUUGGGGAACAUGUUGAUGAACAUCUUCAACGUUUUGCUGCCCAUCCUAGUCUCUCAUGUAGUCACCGACGUCGGAAAUCAAAUACAGUGGCGUAUAAUGUUCUUCAUAGUAGCUUCUAUCAGUCUUCUCUGCAAUAUUGUCUUCGUAGUCUGGAUGUCAGCUGAUGUCCAGCCUUGGAACGACCUUGAUGAGAAUGAUACGUGUUUGGAAGAAAUGAAACCAGAAUAUGAGGAAGAUAAAAAAGAGAAAUCAAGCACAUGAUGCGAAAAUUAAAAAAAUAGAACUUGUGUUUAAUAUCCACGUUUUGUUGUUAGGCCAUAGGUAUCGUUAAAAAUGUAACUAAAUGCCAUUAACUUUGAUAAGCGCCUUGUGAUUUUGAUAUUUCCCAGUGAUUUCUUUAGCGUGAAUGAAUGCAGUAAUGCCAAGUGUAUGUACUUGCAAAAUGUUUUAAUUUUAAUAAAUAUUUUUUACAUGAU